AUGCCGAUCCCGCUUGCGCCGUUCCCAGUGACGAACGCAGACUUGAUGACUCUUGAUGCGCGUGUUGCCCUACCCAUCGAGAUGUCCUUCAUGAAGAACGUCCUGUUGUGUGGCAUCAACAAUGUCGCGACGCGUGCACCCAAGAUCAAGGCUACAGACGCUGCAGUAUUCUCCUCCUACGUGUCUCACAUGCUGGAUAUCAUCCUCAUACACAUCCGAGUGAACAAGCACUUCUUCACCACGCCCCUCGAAAACGGCCUAGUCCUUACCAGUGUCCUCGGGCCGGGCUGCACGCCGGACUCGACUAGCGUCUGCGACAAGAUCACGCGUGCGCGGGACUCGCUCAAAGGGGCUUUUGACGGCAAGGCACUUGUCGGGCAGCUCAACACGUUCGCAGACGAGUUGCGGGCCCUGUGGCACGGCCAACUCGCGGCCAUCACUGGCAAUGUCAAGGCUCUCUCCGCGAAGCAGACUGAUACUGAAGUUCGCGCCGCGACACGUAACGCUGUCAUGUACUUCGCGUCGCAAAGCGACCCGGCGUUCCUUGUCCCCUUCAUUCUUUCCCACCACGACCGCGCGACUUCGAAGUUCUGGCCACCGACGACGCCUGAGGGCUGGGCAGCGCUCCCGGCCUUGAUGAAGGUGCACGCGGACUUCUGGAAUUUUGUCCCAUUCGAUCCAACCACUGGCGCGAAGAGGCCUUAG